AUGGGGCCAGACAAACACGUGAGCGGUCGUCGCUGUCUGCAAAGCCGACGUUCUCGAAUCAUUUUGGGGGUCUUUGUUUUUAUUGCUAUUCUCGCGGUCGUUAUACCUCCGGCAGUCGUGGUCACCCUACGCAAGAAGAACAGCAUGGGCCCUAAAGCUAACAUCUUUGUCCCUCUCUACGUGUACCCUGCCCCUGGCGCCUGGGAUCCAUUGGAAGCAGAGAUCUCUUCACAUCCGGAGGCCAACUUUACCGUUGUGAUUAACCCUGCCAGCGGCCCAGGGCCCGAUGCCCUGCCCGAUGCCAAUUAUACGCGGGAGAUUCCCAAGCUCGCCUCUUAUGACAACGUGCGUCUCUUGGGCUAUGUCCCUACAACCUGGGCUAAACGCAACAUCUCGGCCGUGCGUCGCGACAUCGAAACCUACGCAGAGUGGCCGACCAACAGUUCGAACCCUAAGCUCGCGGUUCGGGGUAUAUUCUUUGACGAAACGCCCCAACAGUAUGAUGCCGAUGCGUUGUCAUAUUUGCAAGGGCUCACCUCAUUCGUGAAAGGCCUUUCUGGUCUUGGUCCAGACAACUAUAUCGUCCAUAAUCCGGGAGGAGUUCCAGACUCUCGUUACAUGUCUUCCGCUGACUCGACUGUCGUAUUCGAAGAGGCUUAUGACACCUUCAACGAGCGCGAUGGCACGAAGCAGUUCGACGUUCUUCCGAAGAGUGAUCGUGAUCGCGGUCAGCUCUGCAUUGUGAUCCACUCCGUUCCGGACGGGGUUGAAGGUUCGAGCCUUCGUGAUCUAGUCAAGAAGCUUCGCAAGACCGCUGAUGAGGUUUUCAUUACCCACCUGAGCACGGAUUACUAUGCCAGCUUCGGGGGCAAGUGGGGCGAAUUUGUCGAUUGGAUGGCUAAAUAA